AUGCGCUCAUUCCACAACCGAGCUGGCACCAACAAUGGUUACCCAACAAGACCAGGACAACGCUACACAAACUGGGACAGCAAUGUCAGCAACUCUUUGCAUGGGAGUCCUCGCCUGCCCCGUAACAACAGACAGCUUCACUCCCCUCCUGAAAGAUGGGCUCCCUCAGACUAUCACAGAAACUUCCCUAGUCGAAUGAUAAAUGACAGACCUGGACCCUGGAAACGGCCAGCAUCUCAACACCGCCAAGACCAAAUGCACCAGCAGUGUUUACCCCCACAGCACCAGUCAUCAACAAGAGAUGAGUGUCCAGCCAAGCGGAGCCGAGACUCGGUUCUUGAUCAGUCACCUCAUCCUGGAUCAAGGCAUGUAAUCGGCCAUAUGUCAUCUCCACCUCGCCAUCCCCGUUGUAAUCAAGAUGACUGGAAGACGUCUCAUGACAAGGCAGGUCCUAGCCACCCCUCUGAACACAGGACCUCAACACCACAGCAACAGGAGACCUCGAAAUCCCGCGCUGGAGGACAUAGCUUUUGCAACAGUGACCCAACAUGUCAGAACCAGGGUUGCAGCAGCAGGGCUUCACAUCUUGGAAACAGUUCUGGAAAAAUGUCUUCACCAGCAGAACACACCCGUGUGCCUUACAGCCACCAAAAUCCUCAUUACCAACAUCAGCGGCACACUCGCCACCUCAGAGCUGAACAGCACAAACCUCUGACAUACCGCCUUGAGAAAGAGGAAGAGGACUCAAGAAAUCAUCUCCACAAGCAAAGCACAGAAAUUCAACGCAAGAUAAGAGGCAUUUCAGGAGAAUCAGCCACCUACAAGUCUUUUGCAGAAGAGUCGUUGCACUAUUCCUCCCUUCAUUCAAAGCAUUCUGAUCACAGUCCACGUAUUAGUCCUUCAUUACACAAAGCAGCCAAGAGCAGUCAACAAUGUAACUCUGGCCACAGUGGGCAACCCAAAGUCCAGGGCAGCCCCACUCACAAAGCAAGGUGCUCACCCUCGAUCUCAUCUCAUACAACCCCAACAGGUCCAAAAUCCAAGUUUUCAGAUGUCAAAUACAAGAAGACCUCACAUCUUUUCUGCUCAUCUCCGCGUGGCAAGUCAAGAAUAAACAAGUCGGAAAAGGACUCGGAUCCCAAGAGAACAGCUGGGUGCUUAGCAGACAAACUGGUGAAAAGGGAGAGAAGGGACGAUAUCAAGAAGGCUGACGAAAGAAAAAAACGGAGGGAUGAUUUCAAGAAGGCUGAAGAAAGAAAAAAGCGGAAGAAAAAAGAACGAAAAAUGGGUGAGAAAAAAAAGAAAAGGGAUAAGUCGACAAAAAAGAAAAGGCUGAAUGCGAAAUCAACAAAAAUGGAAACUUUAGUAGAGGAGCAUCUUUCUAUUGGUGGAUCUUUUUCUCCACGAGCGUUGCCCCCACAAGAGCGAGGACGCUCAGUCGAAACAAAAAACAGCUCUAACCCAAACAGAAAAGACCCCUCCACAAUCUCAUCUCAGUCACAAAAAGGACCAAAAGCAAAAACUAAUGAUACACCCCCUUCCCUUUUGUAUGAAGAUUUAGAACCUCUCAGCACAGCCUGUUCUCAGAUGACUGGGCACGAAAAGGAGCAAAGAGUGCAACUCCAUGCCCCAGAUCUCCAGCCUGUGGGUGUGAUUGGAAAUGGAGAAGUGGGAGACAACCUUGCAAACACUCCUCCUGUACUCAGCUGGCAAGGCUCACCGAUAUCAGAUGUGGGAGAGGAUGAAGACGAGCUAGAAAAUGGAAUGAUAAGCAGACCUGUCCUCCAGCCCAGUCCCACUCAGUGUUUUUCUCCUCCGCCCUUGGAAGGCGAGACUAUGGAUGACGUCGUGAAGGAAUCUGCAAAAUGUCAACUGGCGGAUUGUUUGGAACCCUCUGAUUCUUCAAGUACAUCUAAACAUUUUCUUAAAGACGAGAAGGAAGAAUUUCCAGAAAAGUCCACUUCUCCAUAUAGAGCAGGUUUGGAGGAUGUCUUCAAGAGUCUGGCCAAUUUUCUCACUGGCCAGAGGGCAACAUGUCGAGGAGGUCCCUUUGGGGGUUCUCCUACUUUGAACGCUAACGGGAUUAAGUUUGCCUCCUCUCUUGCUCUGGGACCAGAUAUUAACUGUCACCAGCACCAAGCCCAGUCGCAGCCAGCUUCAUCUCCAGAAUCGAAUAAUCAGUGUGAUUCUCAUUUAGAGCUGCAAACUGAGACAGAGCAUUGCGAGCCUAUCACAGACACCUCCAGAACAGACGAGCCUGAUGUGAAUCUUAAAGAGAUACGAGACGUUAAGGAUGAAUACAUCCAAACUGAAAAAGAGGUCUCUCUUUUGGACCACUCACUCAGUGCCGAGCUGAGACUGACUACCACCCACACUACCUCGUUAAGCCACCUUCUUGUUUCCAGCAAAGACGAACAGCUAAAGAGCGAGGGGAACGAUCACAAAGCAAGUGUGAAAAUUAAGAUAAAGAAGGAGAAACAGACUGUUAUCCCCAAAAAUAAACACAGAAAUAAAGAACAAAAAUCACCUCCAGGUAAAGAUUUGCAGAAAAAGAGAGUGAAACAUAAAAACACAAAAGUCAUCACAAAGAAAAAGGAUGAUGUCGGCGUGCUUGCAAGUAUUGUAUCAUCAGAAGUCGGGACUUCUGUGACUAAAAGUGCAUUCUUAACCACAUCCAAAAUAUGCACCAGCACAGCCAGUCAACUUCCUUGUACACCGCCAGCUUCUCAUGACCCAUUCAAGCUCAAACUGCUGUCCAUGGGCUUUACCAAGGAACUGAAGGUCCACUUGGUUAAGAUGGAGAUUCAUGAUACAGCAGAGGUUGAUGAGCAAACAAUCCCACUUUGUCAGAUCAGUAUUCAAAACACAGCUGCUGAAGUGGUCAGAGCUUGCAAGGUGGCACAGAUCAAGGAGAAAUUUAAAGAAUCGUACCUGCUUCCUUCUUUUUCUGUAAAGCCUAACAUUGCCAUCCAGAUUCCUAUUCCUAGAGAAAAGCUCAACCCUCCUACACCAAGCAUCUAUUUAGAAAGCAGAAGGGACGCCUUCUCGCCAGUCCUGCUUCAAUUCUGCACCGAUCCCAAAAAUGCGGUGACUGUCAUCAGAGGCCUUGCUGGCUCUCUCCGCCUCAAUCUUGGCUUGUUUUCCACCAAGUCCCUGGUGGAAGCCAAUGCAGAACAUGCUGUGGAAGUGAGGACUCAGGUUCAGCAACCUGCUGAUGAAAACUGGGAUUCCCGUGGCUCAACCCAGACGUGGCCCUGUGAAAGCAGCCGCUCACAUACCACCAUUGCCAAGUACGCUCAGUACCAGGCUUCCAGCUUCCAGGAGAGCCUGCAGGAGGAGAAAGAGAGUGAAAACGAAGAGGAAGAAGAGCAAGCCGACUCUUCAAAUACUUCAUCUGUCACUAAAGCGGGUGUGUCAUCAGCCAGCAGUAAAGGCAGCCCACCUUCAACUGAUGUUAAAACCACUUCCACGCUCCUCUCCAGCAAAAACAACGCUGCGAACGCGCCAAGCAAUUUACACUCGGAGCUGAAGUCUUUUGGAAAGAUAAUCAAAUUUGGGACGAACAUAGAUCUCUCAGACCCGAAAAGGUGGAAGCCUCAGCUGCAGGAGUUGCUGAAGCUGCCAGUGUUCAUGCGAGUGGAGUCGAGCAACAACAUGCUCAGUCAUGUCGGUCACACAAUUCUUGGCAUGAACACUGUCCAGCUCUACAUGAAGGUUCCGGGCAGUCGGACCCCAGGUCACCAAGAGAACAACAACUUCUGCUCAGUCAACAUAAAUAUUGGACCAGGUGACUGUGAGUGGUUUGCCGUUCACGAGCACUACUGGGAGGCUAUCAACAAGUUCUGUGAGAAGCAUGGAGUAGACUACUUGACGGGGUCCUGGUGGCCAGUUCUGGAAGACCUCUACAGUUCCAACAUCCCUGUGUACCGUUUCAUUCAGAGGCCAGGUGACUUGGUGUGGAUUAAUGCAGGGACAGUGCACUGGGUCCAAGCUGUAGGCUGGUGUAACAACAUCGCCUGGAAUGUGGGCCCACUAAACUCAUACCAAUAUCAACUCGCUCUGGAGCGAUAUGAGUGGAAUGAACUGAAGAAGGUUAAGUCAAUUGUUCCCAUGAUCCACGUUUCCUGGAAUGUGGCUCGGACUAUCAAAAUCACUGACCACGACACCUUCAAGAUGAUUAAACACUGCCUACUGCAAUCCAUCAAGCAUAUCCAGGUUUUAAGGGAACAAUUGAUCGCUUCGGGAAAGAAAAUCUCUUAUCAGAGUCGUUUGAAGGAGGAGCCAGCGUACUAUUGCAACGAGUGUGACGUGGAGGUGUUCAACAUGCUGUUUGUGACAAGUGAAAACAGCACUAAGAAAACCUAUGUGGUGCACUGCGAGGACUGCGCCCGGCUUAAAAGCCCGUCAUUGAAUGGAGUGGUGGUGCUAGAACAGUAUCGAACAGAGGAGUUGAUAAAAACCUAUGACACCUUCUCACUGGUCAGUCCCUCCUGUUUUAUUUCCUAUACUGCUUGUGCUAAAAUUGGUUCGUGGGUGGUUUGGAGACAGGGCUCCAUCACCAUUAUCAAAAUGAGGACGUCUUUGUGGCAUUUUUCAGGCAUAACCAAAACUAAUGGCAGCACAAAUGUUGCCAGCAAGGCAAUCUACUCCUGCAAGGAUGUUGUGAAUCCGCCAAUCAAUGUUUACUCUGUUGUUUACAUCACACAGUAA